CCAUCAUCAGAAGCAACUUUUCUUCCCGGUCCCGGAUCUUCUCGCAACACCAUGGCAUCACUACGCCGUUUCAGCCUCGUCUUCUACGUCCCACCCGCCAACGCCUCCGCAUGCAAAGCCGCCAUCUUCAAAGCCGGCGCGGGCCGUUAUCCCGGCCCUGGCGGGUACACUGAGUGCGCGUGGCAGACGUCGGGGAUUGGACAGUUUAGGCCGGGAGAUGCGGCGAAUCCGGCUAUUGGGAAAGUUGGGGAGUUGGAGGAGACGCCGGAGGUUAAGGUUGAGACGUUGAUUGUUGGGGAGGAGACGGUGCGGAACGCUGUUGCGGCGUUGAAAGAAGCGCAUCCAUAUGAAGAAUGCCCAUAUCAGGUUUAUCGAGUGGAGGACUUUUGAUCCAGAUAAUUCAUGGUUUGGUGGAGAUUUCCUAGUAAUAAAUCGAAUCUGCGGUGAGCGUGGGACCUACGAAACACAAGAUUCAAUCGUCCAAAGUGUUGGACAAAACAAAUGAGGCGUGUUUUCAUUCUAAGUAUUCCAUCUGGUCGUCCUCG